AUGCCGUCAAAUCUAGUUGAACUGCUUCCUACUGAAAUCUGUGAGGUGACAAGCAAGCCCUCCUUAGUUGUUGAGCGUCCAACAAUUACCGUUCGAGAAGCUUUACGAAAGAUGGCCGAUAAUAAUAUUGUUUCUUUACCAAUUUAUUCUCACGAUUCGGACAAUAUCGUUACGAUAGUCAAUAUUAUCGAUAUUCUUAAUUAUAUUAUUAAAGAAGCAGUAUCUGAUGAAAAAUUGCCUUCUUCGAUACAUAGCGAAAAAGCUCGUAAUUUGGAUAAACAAAUUGAGACUGUUAUGACGCUAGACAGUGAUCAAGAAAGCUACAGAAUCUUUAAGACAGAUGCAAAUGAGGGUAUAAAAAAAACUCUCGAAAAGUUCUCAAAAAGACUUCAUCGAUCUCUAGUUAUUGAUUACGACAAUAAAGUACCUCCAUUUAUCUUAACUCAGUCAGAUGUCAUAAAAUAUGUUCAAGCACAUCCGGAAUGCUUACCCACCAUUGAUUUUAAAUCGUCAUUGCGCUCACUUGGUCUGAUCAGAGAUCGGGAAAUAGUUAUUGGCCAUGAUAAUGAGAGUGCCUUGAAUGUGUAUCGAGGAUUGGCCGAAAAUAGACUAAUAGGAAUUGCUAUCGUUAAUAGUGAGCAUGAAUUAGUCGGAAACCUUUCUGCAUCAGAUCUUCGUGGGUUAAGCUAUGAAUCUAUAGAUAACCUUGUUUUACCGGUUCUUGAAUUUUUAGCUAAACUCAGUAAUUGCGAGAAUCUCUUAAAACCAGUCACUGCUACACCGGAAACUUCGUUGGAAAUGGCGCUGAAACUUCUCACCGUUAAUAGGAUUCAUCGUGUUUGGAUCAUUGAUGACAAGCGACAUGUGAAAGAUGUUGUUACAUUAACAGAUCUGAUUUCUUUCUUUAUUCAGCAAUGA